UAUACAGUGCGACAAAUGGCACUCUAUGAUAAUGACCAGGUGCUCGACAUACUGUCCUCAUUAGGCAUUACGGUUGGCARUCAUACUAAUAUAACCAUGCUCAAAAUUGAUUCACAAUGUCUAUAUGUUGCUGAAGAUACAGAAACUGGCAAGAUAUUGGGUCUUUGUUCUGGUUUUAUCAUUACUCGUGAGUUAGCAUUUGUGGGCGAAUACGCUGUCGUACCAAAAUACCAGCGCCAGGGUAUCGGUGCUGCAUUGUGGAAACGGUGUAUUGAACAYUGUUCCAAUAAACGUAACGUAGCCCUGUUCCCAGAGCCCAAAACUGUGGCUACUUUCCGGGAAAAAUCGGGAUUUCACGUGAUUCCUAACAGGCGUAUGUUAGCCUACUCGGGUAUACCGCAAACAUUUGGACUCAACAAAUACAUAGACUAUUGCGAUGUCGACUAUAUCACUGUUAAUAAUUUGGUGGAUGUCAUAGAGUAUGAUGAACAGGUGACGGGCAUCAAUAGAGCUCAGUUCCUUGAGUAUGCCAUCACAGAACCGGGCACUAUAUCAUUGAUGGCACGGUAUAUUGAGAACGGUGUUGUGGCCGGUUAUGCUAUUUUUAAGACUACUAAUGAUAACUCUAUAAGUCCACAGCCGUUGUACGCUAACAGUGAUGAGAUAGCGGAAGGCCUACUGUAUAAUGGCAUCGUUAAGUUCAUAGCAUACGAUACUAUCUAUUUGGAGACAUGGGAUGUGAAUGAAGGUGCAAACGAUUUAGCCUACAAAUUGGGACUUACAGUCAAGCGUCGUAUGCCUAUUAUGUUYACUAAAGAGGAUCURUCGGCUAACUAUAAAAAUAUCUAUUUUAUUGGUCCCACAAGUUUUUAUCCAUUUUAG